AUGCUACGCGCAAGGGCAAGCCUUAUCCCCCGUUGCAUUGAACUGAAGCGUUUCUCAAUCCGCCGGGACGUCGUCAAGCUGGUUCACACGCAGUUGCCUGCUCAGCAUUUGAGGGCGUUAAAAGCCUGCACAGGUCAGGUAAAAAUGUUGGAAGAGAUUCAGUCGAGCAAGAGGAAGCAGGUUGAGGAGGGGGUCUUGGGGGAGUCGUGCGAGCGGGUCAAGAGGACCAAGUUGGUCCCGAUCGGGGGGGAAGCGGGGUUAGCGGCGGGGGAGAAGGAUGCCUCGAUUAAGAAGGAAGCAACAAACCAGGUGAAGGCAGAGGAUGACCCAAUUAAGAAGGAAGCAACCGACCAGGUGAAGACCGAACAGGAUGACCCCGCCCCCGCCUGUUCCUCCACCGCGUGUGCGGCGGUUUUAAAGCCGAGCGGAAGUGCCCACUCGGGGGAAGCAAAAGAGGAGGAAGGGAAGGCAGAGGAGGAUGGCGAAGCAGAAGUAAAGACGAUAGUCACGUGGAACAUGAACAGCAUAACCGUGCGGUACAAAAACAAAGACAAGUGGAACGCCUUCAUGAGCUUCUUCAACCGAAUCAAUGCAGACGUGCUCUGCUUCCAGGAGGUGCGUUUGCCCGCCCUGAAUUUAUGUGCUGUGAAAAACUCAAAGGAGGGAAAAAGGGACCGAGGGAAGGUGAAAAAUACGGACCAGAAGAGUCAAGUAGAUUUUGAUAUCAUGAGCAAAAUUUUAAAAAAAGAUUUCCACAAUUAUAAUGCAUAUUUCAGUUUGGCCAAUAUAAAGUACAGCGGACAGCUUGUUUUAAUAAAGAGGAACAUCCCGGUGAAGUCCAUUCGAUAUAACCUCAGGUUAGAUGCUGACCCAAGUGAACAUCAUGAGGAGGGGAGAGUUAUAAUUGCCGAGUUUUCUAAAUUUUACCUGUUAAGCACGUAUACGCCGAACAACGGAUUUGAUACAGUCAAAUUUGAAAGAAGGAGACUGUUCGAUGAGCAGUUGAAAAAAUUUGUUUCCCAUUUGAGGAACAUGGGGAAGAACCUCAUCUGGACGGGGGACCUGAACAUCGCACCGGAAGACAUAGACCUAUCUCACCCUGCUGAGUUUAGGAGAAUGAAAAAGGGGAAUGUGCCAAAGGAGUUCGUGGGGCAACCCGGCUGCACCGACUUUGAGCGGAAGAAUUUCAUGGGCAUUCUUUCUGCGGGCGAUCUGGUCGACUCGUACCGGCAGUUGGCGGGGAAGGGGAAGGCCAAAAAAGGGGAAGCCAGCAAAGGGGAGACCAACAAAGGGGAGACCAGCAAAGGGGGGAGCUGCAACGGGGCAGCCACCAACGGAGCGCCCGACAUCAACGAUAACAUCUACACCUGGCGGUGCCCCUUCCUCAUGGGGAAGAGCUGCAACAAGGCCAUGCGCAUCGACCACUUCAUCGUGUCCCGGGGCUUCAUGCCGAACGUGCAGAGCGUGGACAUCCACGGGUACAGCGUGUUCCACAAGAACUUUUACGGCUCGGACCACUGCCCGGUGAUUCUCCACCUGCGCGGGGGGGAGGCGGCACAGGCGGCGGGUGAGGGGGCGAGCCUACAUGUGGACGAGGCACUGUCCUGA